GAAUACAUGUUUACUUUCAGCAUAGAGGAGCAUGUUCCCAAAUUCUUCCAACUUGGGUCGUCCACCCUUCCCUCCAGAGCACCAACGAUACAACUUCUUCAGUAAUCUUCCAGUGAAUAUACCUCCUGUUCUUCUUUUUCACCAGCAAAUUAUUGAUCAUCCGCAAUUCCAAAGUUCAAUAGCUCCAGUGAGUGGUAACCUUUCAACUGUCCCUCCUGUUUCACCGCCGCCGCCACCCUUCACCUAUAGAAAUGGCAGCCCGGUGCAUACAUCAGCCACACCCACAUCAUUCCGAGGCAGAAAGAGACUGAAAGAGCAAAAUGUUCAUUAUGAAGUGAAGCGCCAGCGGUUUCAUUCGCCUCACCGUGAAUCCACUUCAGCUAGCCAAGCAGUGCCUUUACCAGAAGAUCACAGGCGUUCGUUCCCCGGAUCAAUUCCCUUGCCAUUACUUCAUGCGCAUUAUAUCUCAGAUUUGACUGGAUGCGUGCCGCCCUUACAAGAAGCCUCAUUUCCUGACCCUAUAGAAACUGCGCUCCCUGUGGCCAAAGAUAAGUUAAGUCAGCAAGUACUGGAGCUAUUUCAGGCAUGUCAACAACAAACCUAUGACUUGAACAAAAAAGAGCUUUGCCGGACACAACUCCAAAGGGAGAUUCAGCAGAUCUUUCCGAAUAGUAGACUAUUUUUGGUUGGAUCCUCGCUGAAUGGAUUUGGUACUCGUAGUAGUGAUGGUGAUUUGUGCCUAGUGGUUAAGGAGGAGCCAAUGAAUCAGAAGACUGAAGCAAGACACAUACUCAGCUUACUCCAAAAACUCUUCUGUAGAAAACUUUCAAGCUACAUUGAGAGACCUCAACUGAUUCGAGCAAAAGUGCCAAUAGUGAAGUUCAGGGACAAAGUCAGCUGUGUGGAGUUUGACUUGAAUGUAAACAAUGUUGUAGGAAUAAGAAACACAUUCCUUCUCAGAACCUAUGCAUACAUUGAGAGUCGAGUUCGUCCAUUAGUGCUGGUUGUGAAGAAGUGGGCGAGCUUUCGUGGCAUAAAUGAUGCCAGUCGAGGCACUUUAAGCAGCUAUAGUCUUGUGUUGAUGGUUUUGCACUAUUUACAAACCCUACCUGAACCUAUCCUUCCAUCCCUCCAAAAAAAUUACCCAGAGUCUUUUGAUCCUACUAUGCAGCUGCACCUUGUGCACCAAGCCCCCUGCACCAUUCCUCCUUACCUUUCCAAAAACGAAUCAACUCUUGGACACCUCUUGCUGGGCUUCCUGAAAUAUUAUGCUACCGAGUUUGAUUGGAGCGGUCAGAUGAUUUCAGUUCGUGAAGCCAAAGCCAUUCCAAGGCCGGAUGGUAUUGAAUGGAGAAACAAGUUCAUUUGCGUAGAAGAACCUUUUGACCGAACAAACACUGCUAGAGCAGUACACGAGAAACAGAAGUUUGACAUCAUCCUUGACGAAUUUCGAAAGUCAUGGCAAAGAUUGAGAGACAGGAGAGACUUGAACUGUAUACUACCUUUAAGAGCAACUAUUCAGAAAAGAUAACUGGCUUCCGUCUCCAUGACCGAGACGUAAACCCCCAAAUGAAU